AUGAGUAUUCCGCAGAGUGAGGGUAAAAUGGAAGGGUGGCUCUAUCUCAUUCGCUCCAAUCGGUUCGGUCAGCAUUACUUACGUAAGAGGUACUUCAUCCUCAAAGAAAAUUUCCUCAGAAGCUUCAAGAUGCAACCCACUUCACAAAUGGAGGAGCCAAUUAGAAGUGCUAUAAUAGACUCGCAGAUUCGGGUUACUGACAAUGGAAGAGAGAGUAUCAACAAAAAAGUAUUGUUUAUUUUCACUGUAUAUAAUGCUUCAAAUCAAAGGGAUAAGCUUAAGUUGGGAGCAAGUAGUUCAGAAGAACCUGCAAAAUGGAUACGCUCUCUGCAGGAUGCUGCAUUGAAGGAGUGCCCAAGUCCAGCAAAGAAUUUUGUAACUCUUUCCAAGAAAAGACGUUCGACUUUGAGAUUUGGAGGCUCAAAAAGCACAGAUUGGAAAUACUCUGACUUGAAUUUUCAAUCAAACAUAUACACCGAAGCCAUGACCUCUGAUGUUAUUGCACCUUCACCAUGGAAGAUUUUUGGUUGUCAGAAUGGACUAAGGAUGUUCAAAGAAGGCAAAGAUCAGGAUUCCCGUAGAAGGCAUUGGGGUGAUCACCCGGCAAUAAUGGCAGUUGGUGUGGUUGAUGGAACUUCAGAGGCCAUUUUCCAUACUCUUAUGUCUCUUGAUCCCUCAAGAUCAGAAUGGGACUUUUGUAUUUAUCGAGGCAAUGUGGUUGAUCACCUUGAUGGUCAUACAGAUAUUAUUCACCUGCAGCUCUACAAUGAUUGGCUACCAUGGGGAAUGAAACCACGAGAUUUGCUGUUACGAAGAUACUGGAGGAGAGAGGACGAUGGCACAUAUGUGUUACUAUACCAUUCUGUUUAUCAUAUGAAGUGUCCACCCCAGAGAGGCUACGUCCGAGCUUGUCUUAAAAGUGGAGGAUUUGUAGUUACUCCUGUUAACAAAGGAACACAGUCAGUUGUAAGACACAUGCUUGCUGUUGAUUGGAAGUUCUGGAAAUUGUAUUUGCGUCCCACAUCUGCAAGGUCCAUAACCAUUCGUAUGCUUGAGAGAGUGGCAGCACUAAGAGAACUGUUUAGAACCAAAGCAGGGAAUUACCCCUCUGAACCUAUCAUAAUGACAAAAGAUAUUGAGUUGCCUCUUAGUGUAAAGGAGGAUAUUAAGACUGAAAUUUCAGUUGAGCUUAGCAAGAUUGAGGAACUUCUUGUAAUGAAAGAUGAGGUGGACAAAGAACACUCUGGUCGUACAAGUUUAAUGGGAUUGAAUGAUUCUGAUGAGUUCUUUGAUGUUCCUGAAUCAACGGACUAUGAUAACUUUGAGAAUGAGUGGCACCCUGACUUGACUUCGGAACCGCUGGCUAUGUCUCACCCCAGAAUAGCAUCAGCUGCUGGUUUGGUAAAAAAAUUACACGACCUUGCAGUUCAGAAGAAGGGUUAUGUGGAUUUGCAAGAGGCAGCUAGGGAGGAAAGUGCAUCAUGCUCUUAUGGAGCCACUCUUCUAAAAGAUUCAAGUUGUGCUUUGCGCUGCACCUGGGCUGCUUCUGAUCCAUCUUUGUUUUUGGUUCGAGGAGAAACUUAUUUACAAGACCAUCAGAAGGUCAAGGCAAAAGGCACCUUGAUGCAAAUGGUUGGUGCAGAUUGGCUCCGUUCUGACACAAGAGAAGAUGAUUUGAGUAGUCGUCCUGGUUCCAUAGUUCAGCAAUAUGCAGCAAAAGGUGGUCCAGAAUUCUUUUUUGUUAUCAACAUACAAAUGCCUGGAAGUCCCAUGUAUUCCAUUGCACUCUAUUACAUGAUGAAAACUCCAUUGGAAGACAAUCCCUUACUGCAGAACUUUGUUGAUGGAGAUGAUGCUUACAGGAACUCUAGAUUUAAGCUGAUACCAUAUAUUUCUAAGGGAUCGUGGAUAGUCAAGCAAAGUGUUGGAAAGAAAGCAUGUUUGGUAGGCCAAGCGUUAGAAGUACUUUAUAUUCGUGGGAAGAACUAUCUAGAGCUUGAUAUCGACGUUGGAUCUUCAACAGUUGCAAGGGGGGUGGCUAGCCUAGUUCUUGGAUACCUGAACAAUUUGGUGGUAGAAAUGGCAUUUUUGAUACAGGGUAACACACAAGAUGAGCUCCCUGAAGUCCUCCUUGGAACAUGCCGACUCAAUCAUAUGGAUGCAUCUAAAGCACUUGUGGUGAAACCAUAA